UGUGUAAUUUUGCUGUUGCCGGCAACAGCACCGAUAUAAAAGGGUCUAAUAUGAGGAGCGUUUUACUGAUUAUAGAUUUUUACCUUAUAGUGUUUCUCAUGCUCAUGCUUUGUUUUAUCCAGCUGUUUAAACGUGCUUUUCUAUUUGCACAGCUGUCAACGCUUUCCGAAACAGAUGAGAUGCAGCCCUUCCCGCGCAGAAUCAUGCACUUGAACUUUGAGGACUCCCAAGCGAUCCUGGAGGAUUACACCAACGCCAUACAUUACGAGCGGGGAACCCUGAACCCAGACGAGCAUCAGGACGAGCUCGACGACAAAGCCUCCACCUACACCCUCACCAACGUAGUUCCCAUGGUGCCCGUUUUCACCAACAUAGUCUGGAGCAGACAGGAGCACAUCGUCCGUAAAAGGUUGAACAACUACUGCCGCGGCACAGCUUACAUCGUGACCGGCGUCACCACGUCUGGAAAGAGGAUCCGCCGGGACAACAUGGAUCGCAUUGCGGUGCCCAAGUAUGUGUGGUCGGCCUACUGCUGCGCCGACUACGACCAAAACACGCCGUUCGGUGAGCGCCACAAAUUCCCUUCUUUCGCACACUACGCCCUAAAUGUGGAGGAAAACAACAACGUGGUGGAAAUGUCCGUCCAGAAGCUGAAGGACUUCCUCGAGAAGACGACCUUCGUCAGCAAGAACUUCCAGAUAUUUGCUGGCGACUGUGUCCCACCAAAAAACAGAUGAGGAGCAAAUUGUGUUUCUGCGCAAAACUACACAUGAUGUCAUCAAGAUUUGUGAACUUAUAACAGAAAGAUUAUGAAAUGAAAAACAAUGUUACAAUAAAAACAAAAUAUAACAAAUUAAAUAAGUGGGGGGCUUCUAGUUUUAUUCACCCAUUUUCAUGUGAAUGUUACAGAUUAAACUCCUUAUUGGUUGAAUGCUAUAAAGCAUUGUUUCCCCGUUUCUCUUUCUUUAUUAUAG